AAUUUCUCAAAAUUUUAAAACCAAACCACCCCCCUCCCCCCCAACCUUUAUCUUUGUCUCAUCAAUCGUCGUAAUUGAAUUCCUUUGUUCAGUCUCUCUCUCUCUCUCUCUCUCAGAUCUUCGAUUCAUGGACGCCGCUCUGCAAGAACGGGACCGAGUCGUCUCCACCGAACCGUUUUUGUAAUUUACUUCAUAGCUAAAUGAAGUUUUUAAAGGUGCAAUCGGAGAGAGGCCUGUUAAGCCAGAUAAUAUGACACAGCAGCCACUUAUGCCCAAAGAUGAAAGGAUUGUGUCAGCGAAUCCUUCUCCAGAUGCAGCCAUCAUGGUACAAUUAAGGGAUGUACCUGAACAACAAGGAUCUUCAGAAGCAGCUGGAGAUUUGAGCACUAUCCAUUCACUCAAUGCUUAUGUUUCUCAUGAACAAAAUAUAUCAUUUGGUGGUCCUGGUAGUAGCACUGGUUUUUGGGAUGGAUAUUCCCAGUAUAUUAAUACAGAUGGCAUGCAUGUUGUAUCACCGGUCAUCUACAAUGAUAAUCCAUCUGUUGUGUUUCAUUCUGGUUAUGGCUUCAAUCAUGAAAUGCCAUAUGGACAAUAUUCUCCUGUUGCUACACCUCUGUCAUCUUUAAUGGUGGAUGGCCAGCUGUACUCUCCACAGCAAGUUCCAUUUUCUCCCUCUUAUUAUGCACAAGCAACUGCUCCAAGUUUGCCUCAUAUGUCUUCAGCCAUUUCAAUUUCACCAGCUGAGCUGAUGUUGCCAGAAAAUAGUAGCAUUGACACAAUGCUUUUUGGGCCUGGAUCAGGCUACGUGGCAAGUUUUGGACCAUUUGGUGGAGGAAACCUUUCAGGGAAUCUUGGUUCUAGUCCUCUUGCAUCUCCAGCAGUUUAUCCCCAACCAAUGGGCAUACUUGGAUCAUAUGAGCACAAUGUUGGUCAGAUUUCCCAACAACAGAGACCAAUGCAUGGAUAUGGCUUAGUAUCCAGUUCCUUUAGUGGAUUUUACCCACAUGGUAGUUCUAAUCAGAGCUCUACCUUUGGUGGUGCUUCAAUUUCUUAUCCAGUCACUAAUGAUCGAAAUCGUCUAACUCUUGACAAGGGAAGAAGAAGAGACAGGGACCGAGGCUCAGCUGGCAUUUACAAUGAUUCACAGGAUAUCUUCAAUGACCGUAAUCGUGGUCCAAGGGCUUCAAAGCUAAAGAGCAGGAGUGCCACUGAACAGGGCUCCUCGUCCGUCAUUAGCAAAAAUGUUUCACCUAUUUCUAGAAUUCAUCUUGAUUCAUACAACCAGCUAGAUUUUGUCACAGAUUACGAAAAUGCAAAAUUUUUUAUAAUCAAAUCUUUCAGUGAGGACAAUGUUCAUAAAAGUGUCAAAUACAAUGUUUGGGCCAGCACACCGCAUGGAAACAAGAAGCUAAAUGCUGCUUAUCAUGAAGCAAAGGAGAUGAAAGGCAACUGUCCAGUAUUCCUAUUGUUUUCAGUUAAUUGUAGUGGACAGUUCUGUGGGGUAGCUGAAAUGGGUGGACCUGUAGAUUUUGAGAAGGAUGCAGAUUACUGGCAGCAAGAUAGAUGGAGCGGGCAGUUUCCAGUUCUGUGGCACGUCAUCAAAGAUGUCCCCAACGUUCGAUUCCGACACAUUCUACUUGAAAAUAAUGAUAAUAAGCCUGUUACUCACAGCCGAGAUUCUCAGGAGGUCAAACUGGAAGAGGGUAUUGAGAUGUUAAAAAUUUUCAAGGAUUACAAUGCACAGACAUCUAUCUUAGAUGAUUUUGAUUUUUACGAUGAGCGAGAGAGAACCUUUACAGAAAGAAAAGCCAGACAAGCUUGUUCAACGGCAGAUGUUCCAGAUUCUGUUGCUGAUGAGUCCGUUAAGGAAAUAUCUGAUAUUUUGGGUCAGGCACUUAAGCUGGAAGUGAGUAGUAAUGAAGUACCGGCAAUUGAUCAAGGUGGUAGCUCAAGAGCAGAUGCUACAAUCUCAUUUUCCCAUGAUGCCAUGAACCAAACAUCUGAUUGCUUGUCACGAGUAUUGCGGUUGGAAGAGAGUUGCAAUGAAGCACAGGGAUCUGAAAUGGGUGGUGGACACGAGAUUUGAGCCUGUCAAUUAGAUGACAGCAGUUGGUCUGACUGCUAGUUGCAUUUAGUUGAAAUUAUUGCCGGCAUCUUUAGCGCACACUCCUGUACCCUGGUUAUUUAUGAAUUUUUGGCAUGCUAACAGUCGAGGUCAUAUUCCCCGCAUCUCGAACAGUUAGACAGCAAACUGACAAUUUCUUUUCUUUUGGGUAAAUUGUGCAAAGCAGUUAGGAGGUAAUUCAGCAUGCUCAGCCAGGAGGAAGGCUGUUUGAUACCCGACACUCGUUUUCUUAAGACUCUCUCUAAAUUGUUUCCUCUUAAGGUAGAUGGUUUUGGUGUUGUGGUUGUAAUUUAAUGUAUGAUGUUCUCUGUAUACUAGGGCUGAUGCCUUUUCGGUUGUAACUUACACUCUCUUAGUGGUUAGCUGUGGGC